AUGCCAAAGGUCAAUCCGUUCGUGGAGGGGUUCCCCGAGUUGAAACCUCUAGAAUUCAAGUCAUGCACCGAUGAGCCAAGUUUGGUCAGCGUUAUCUACGAUCGUGAGAGGCAACACUAUAUGCUGCACUUGAAUAUGGAAGUAUCGUUGAAUCACUUUGCGGAUUAUUCGAUUUUUGGUUGCACUUACAUCGAGGUAGUUCCUGGAGGCGAAGACGUUUUUGCUUAUGUAGAACCUCCGGAAUACUUCCCCCAGGAUUGGAUAGUGCCGAGUCAUUUCCUGGGCGUAAUAGUCGAGUGUCACGAGAUGGCAAACAAGUCGAGGGUUUUGCAACGUGAUGCCUUCUCGUUUGUUCAGCAACCGAAGAAUCGGAAUGAGGAUAAUGAUCGACUCAGGGGUGCCAAGUAUCCCAGUGUCUUUCUCUUCGGGAUCGAUAGUAUAUCCCGCAUGAAUUUCCGGAGGAGUAUGCCGCUCACUUCGACCUUUGUCAGCCAGAAGGGUUGGUUCGAGAUGGAGGGUUAUAACAAGGUGGCCGACAAUACCCUGCCGAAUUUAAUGGCCAUACUCACGGGUCGUACCCCUCGACAAUGGCGAUCGCAAUGUGAUGUGCGAAAGUCCGGCUGCCUGGACAGCCUGACCUUCUUGUGGAAUCACUUUCAUAACGCCGGUUACUUGACUGCCUAUGCCGAGGACUUGUCUUCAAUCUCCACGUUUAACUAUUUAAAAAUGGGUUUCAAACGUCCCCCCGUGGAUUUCUACUUGCGACCCUUUCUCAUGGUCAUCGAACAGGCUAUGCAAACGUUGGAGUACUUUGGCUUUAAAUACUGCGUGGGCAGGAAGCACAGUUUUACGUACGUCUUUGAUUUUGCGAAACAGCUAAUAGAGCGUUUUGUACUCGAGCAGCCGAAACCGAUUUUUGGCCUUUUUUGGACGAGCAGCUUUACGCACGAUGAUUUUCGGGGAGGUGCCAAUUUGGAUGGUCUAUUUGUUCGCUACUUGGAACAGUUCAAGGCAUAUGGGCUGUUUGAACGAUCCAUUGUGAUACUCCUGAGUGAUCAUGGCUCUCGAUAUGGACCGCUGGCAGAGCAUUACACCGGAUUUCUGGAGGAACGCCAGCCCAUGUUGCACAUUUACCUGCCACCCUGGUAUCGAAGACGUUAUCCCUCGGUGGAAAGAGCGUUAACUUUGAACAAGAAUCGCCUGAGUUCCAACUACGAUUUACACUUGGGUAUCAGGCAGUUGAUCGAGCAGAUUCAUCCGAGACUUGAUUUUAUAAGGAGCGUCAAAUGUGACUAUUGUCGAUCUAUUCUGCGAGUGCUGCCCAGAAAUCGAAGUUGCUCUGAUGCCGGUAUCCCCGAUCAUUGGUGCACUUGCAAGCCCUUCGUAACUGUUCGCAUCACUUUGUUUAUUCGAAGACUCACCCAGUUGACUGUGAGUCGGAUGAACAGGUAUCUGAAGAUGCUGAAUGUCGAUGGAGUUUGUCAUCGGAUUAAGUUAAAUAAGGUACUAAAGGCCGACCGGCAGCUGCACUUCAAUGAAUUAGGCAACGAAGUGCCAUCUCCUAAUAAUGUAGAGACCUAUCGGCUUGUCUUUACCACCAAACCAAAUGAUGCAAAGUUUAGAUCCAUCGUUAAAAGCAACGAGAACAAUGAUAUCGUGACCAUUCAAAUGGAUAUGAUCAGUCGUCUAAAUUCCUAUCGCAAUGAGUCGUAUUGUGUUGACGAUGCUCUGGCAAAGAAAUUCUGCAUGUGCUAUGCUGAACAGUUUCUAAAACUUGGGGAGCGUGGGGUAUUAAAAGUUAGGAAAGUCAAAUAUAAAUUUCAUGAGAACGAGGACGACUAUUAUGAUGAGGCCAAAUAUAAUAAUCAUAUUUCUUAG